AUGGCACAAUCUGCACCUUCCGCAGAACCUUACUGGCUAGGUCGAGCUUCAGACGAGCAGAAGCGUCUGCUUAAGCAACACACAAUAUGGACACGGAGCAUCAGCUACCUGCUGCACCCCAGCGUGUCGGCUGCGCUUCCUGAAAACGCCCGCAUUGCAGACGUAGGAACCGGGACUGGCAUCUGGCCGCUGGAAAUGAGCCAGGCCUCUCCCUCAAGCUACACGUUCCAUGGACUCGAUAUUUCCUCCGACCAGUUCCUCGCCGCGGAUUCGCUACCGCAAAAUGUCACCCUGGGACUCGCUGAUUUCUUCCAGCCGUUUCCCGCUGAGCUGCGCGGCACUUUCGACCUCGUCAAUGUUCGCCUCAUUAUCAUCAGCCUCGGCCCCGUCGCCGUGUGGACCAAGGUCCUGGCCAACAUCCUCACGCUACUCAAACCGGGUGGCGCAGUGUGCUGGACUGAAGGCAAUUUCCUCAUUGCGAGGGGAUUCCGUGGCGCGCCGCCGCAGGCAACUGCCGGACAUAACCUCACGACCGCACAGCUGCAGUUGAACAACACCCUGAUUCGCCGCUUUGGGUAUAGUUUCCCGUCAUUUAAAACCUUAUUUGAGGACGCGGGCUUGUUGCGCGUCGAGGAAGACGUACUGAGUACAGACCGGCUGCCGGAGCAGCGGGCCGAAUUCACGGAAUUGGGGAUUGGGGCUGUGUUUGCGGGGCUGAAGAACUUGGCCAAGGUCAAGGAGGAUGGGUAUUGGGACGAUGCUGAGGUGGAGAGGAGGAGGGGUUUGGCGCUGAGCGAUAAGGAGAGCGGCGCGUAUCUGAGAUGGGAUAUACACGUCGGUGUUGGAUUCAAGGCAGCGUGA